GGACAAAGGCAGAGUUAAAGGGGGGGUUAAUCCAGCUGUUCUUCAAACCUCACCUCUGAACCCAUCCAAGGAACCUACUCUGUGGUGGUACAGAAAGCCUCUGGAAGACAAUCCAGCAUCCCUUCUCUGUGGAGGAGUAUGUGCUGCCAAAAUUUGAAGUAAACGGUGGAAAAUGCCCAAGGUGAUCACCAUUCUUGAUGAGAGCUGAAGGUGACAGUUGUGGCUUAUACACAUUUGGGAAGCCUGUUCCUGGCCUUGUGAGCUUCCGUGUGUGCAGGAAGUUUCAAUACUCAGUCACUUGCUAUGGCGAAGAGUCUAAGGCAGUGUGUGAUGAGUUCUCUGGACAGACAGACAACCAUGGUUGCGUUUCUGAAGUGGUAAAAACCAAGUUAUUCCAGCUCAAGAGAAGUGGAUAUGAAAAUAAGCUCCAUGUAGAGGCUAAGAUUAAAGAGGAGGAAACAGGAGUGGUGUUGACUGGAACAAGCUUCUCCGAGAUCACAAAUACCAUCAGCAAAAUCACCUUUGAGAAUUCAGACUCCCACUACAAACCUGGAAUCCCCUUCUUUGGACAGGUGAAACUUGAGGAUGGGUCUGGUGCUCCUAUUGCCAAUGAAACUGUGAGGAUUUCUUUCCAACGAGGCCAGGAAACCAACUACACAACAAAUGAAGAGGGCAGGGUACAGUUUUCCCUGAACACUUCCAUGCUGGAAUCGGAAUCUGCUGAAAUUACAGCAACUCAUAAAGCACGCUCCCACUGCUUUGACCAUGCCUGGGUUUCUCCAAAUUAUGCAGAAGACCGUCUCUACAUAAAGCGCUUUUUCCCUAGUAAAAGCUUUCUCAAAAUUGAGCCCAAGUCUGAGGUGUUAAGCUGUGGCUCUCCCACAGAGGUGCGGGUGCACUACAUCCUUACACCAGAGGCCAUAGGAGAGGAGAAGAAAAUCGUUUUUUACUACCUGGUGAUGGCCAAAGGAAUCAUCAAGCAAGCAGGCACCAGCAUUCUGGAUUUGGACCAGGAAAGUGCCAAUGGGGUCUUCUUGCUACAGUUGCCUGUGCAAGCUGAUAUUGCUCCAGUGGCCCAAGUGCUUGUCUACACCACUACUCCUAGCAGGGAGGUGAUUGCUGAUUCAGCCAAGUUCAACAUAGAAAAAUGUUUCAGCAAUAAGGUGGACUUGAGCUUCUCUCCUUCUGAAGGCCUGCCUUCUUCUGACACUCACUUGCUGUUCAGAGCCUCCCCAAACUCCCUCUGUGCUGUCCGUGCUGUGGACAAGAGUGUUCUCCUCAUGAAGCCAGAAGCUGACCUGUCACCUGGCUCUGUGUAUAGCUUGCUACCAGUGAAGGAAUUGCACGGCUAUCACUAUGGUUCAGACAUGCUUUUGGACGAGCCCCUGGAAGAAUGUGUCACCUUGAAGAAUAUAGUCGUGGAUGGGAUCACCUAUUCUCCAGUAACGGAUAGGAACGAAGAUGACACUUACGACAUCCUAAAAGAAAUGGGUUUAAAGGUUUUCACAAAUUCCAAGGUGAAGAAACCUAGGUAUUGCAACACUGGCAAUUACAAACCUGUAGCAAUCCCAGUUCCAAGUGGACUCAUGGCAUCUGGACAUGCAAUGAGGACAAGCGACUCUUCUAGAAUGUAUGCCUCAUCAAUCCCCCCUGUCAGUUCUCCUGAAGAGCUGACAGAGACAGUCCGAAAGUAUUUCCCAGAAACGUGGAUCUGGAGUUUAGUAUCUGUAAGCUCUGAAGGAAAUGCUGAACUAGAUGUGACCAUCCCUGACACCAUCACUGAGUGGAAAGCCAAUGCAUUCUGCACUUCAUCAGACACAGGCUUUGGCCUAUCCCCAACAGUGUCCCUCAGAGCCUUCCAGCCCUUCUUUGUAGAGCUCACCCUGCCUUACUCUGUAGUGCGUGGCGAGGCCUUCACGCUGAAAGCCACCAUUUUCAGCUAUCUGACAGCCUGCAUAAGGGUCAGUGUGACUUUGGCUCAGUCUACUCAAUUUCUGGCAACUCCAGUGGAAAAGGAGGAAGAAUCUCAUUGUCUCUGUGAGAACGGGAGGAAAACGGUGGCUUGGCUGGUGACUCCCAGAUCUCUAGGGCAGGUGGAGUUCUCGGUGAGUGCUGAGGCCCCAAACCAGCAGCCCUGCGGGAAUGCCAUAGUGGAGACUCCUGAGAAAGGACGGAAGGACACAGUCAUCAGACAGCUGCUGGUGGAGCCUGAAGGAGUUGAGAAGGAAACAGCCCAGAACUCUGUGCUCUGUGCAAAAGGAAAGACUUUGCAGAAGUUUUCUCUGUCUCUCCCCUCAAACGUGGUGCAAGACUCAGGCAGAGCAUAUUUCUCAGUGCUGGGUGACAUUAUGGGCACUGCCAUGCAGAACCUGCACCAGCUCCUCCAGAUGCCAUUUGGCUGUGGGGAACAGAACAUGGUCCUGUUUGCACCCAACAUCUAUGUCCUGGACUAUCUGAACAAGACAGGGCAGCUGAGUGAGGAGAUCAAAUCCAAGGCCAUUGGAUACUUAGUGAGCGGUUAUCAGAGGCAGCUGAACUACAAGCACACAGAUGGCUCUUAGAGUACCUUUGAACCACGCUAUGGCCAAACAGGGAACACCUGGCUCACGGCCUUUGUCCUGAAGUCCUUUGCCCAGGCCCGGCCUCACAUCUUCAUAGAUGAAAGGCACAUCCAGGAUGCUUUGAGAUGGCUGGCCUACAAACAGAAAGAGAAUGGCUGUUUCCACAGUUCUGGGACACUCCUGAACAAUGCCAUGAAGGGUGGAGUGGACAAUGAGGUCUCGCUGACGGCCUACAUCACUAUUGCACUGCUGGAAAUUCCUCUGCCUGUAACUUACUCAGUGGUGCGUAAUGCUCUCUUCUGCCUGGAAACGGCAGCAAAUGGGAAAGAAAACCACGUGUACACCAAGGCACUGCUGGCAUACGCCUUUGCUCUGGCAGGAAUGGAGGAGAAGCGGAAGGCGUUGCUUGGCUCACUUGAAAAGGAAGCGGUGAAAAAGGAUGGGUCUGUUCACUGGCAGCGGCCUGGGAAAGAGAUGGUGGCUGAUCUCCCCUACUAUCACUACCGAGCUCCCUCUGCUGAAGUGGAGAUGACGGCCUAUGUGCUCCUUGCUCACCUCACCACACAGCCGGCACCUUCCCAGGAGCUGUCGUUUGCAUCUCUUAUUGCAAAGUGGAUCAGCGGUCAGCAGAAUCCCAAUGGAGGCUUCUCCUCCACCCAGGACACAGUGGUGGCUCUGCAAGCCCUGUCUCUGUACGGAGCUGUCACCUACGCCAAGAGUGGAGCAGCUUCCCAAGUGACCCUGAGAUCUGGAGGGGACUUCCAGCAGGACUUCCAAGUGGACCCCUCAAACCGGCUGCUGCUCCAGCGCGUGCCCCUGCCCCAGGUGCCAGGGGAGUACAGCGCAGAGGUGUCUGGUGAAGGAUGUGUCUACCUGCAGACGAGCCUGAGGUACAACGUGCAGCCCACGCAGGAGAAUGCGCCCUUCACGCUCCAUGUGUACACCACCCCAGAGACAUGUGAGGACUCCCGGACUCCCAAGGUCUUUGACAUAGGCAUAAACGUCAGUUACGCAGGCGAGCGCAACGUCUCCAACAUGGUGAUUGUUGAUGUGAAAAUGCUGUCGGGAUUCAUCCCUGUCAAGUCCUCAGUAAGAAAGCUGCAACACCACAUAGCUAUUGAACGUACGGAGUUGAGUACCAACCAUGUUUUAGUGUAUCUGGAAAAGCUGAACCACGAGACCUUGAGCUUUUCCUUCACGGUGGAGCGGGACAUCCCUGUGCAGGGCCUGAAGCCAGCUCAGGUGAAGGUCUAUGACUACUACGAGACAGAUGAGUUUGCCACACAGGAGUACAGCGCUCCCUGCACCACAGACGAAGCUGAACAGGGAAACGCUUGAAGAACACAUCUUGUGCGAGCCCUGCUGGAUCAGCUCAUGUCUGUGCCUCUAGAGGAUCUUCUUGUUAAGGUGGCCUACUGAAACGUUACAUAAGGACACCUCAACACAAAAAAAAGAAGUGACAAUAUAAAUAAAUUGUCUUGAUUCUCCAAAGAUGCCUCUGGCCUUACUUUUUGU